UGUAUAUAUAUAUAUAUUUACUUAUAUAUUUAUAUAUUAACUAGUUUUACACGCAUACAAAUACUAUGCCUAAACAAAUUCCCUCGUUUGAGAAACCGCUCCAUGACCAACUUAGUCAAAUAAGAACAUCCUUACUUGCUCUUAAAAAUAAUCGGACUAAAUAUAUUUCGUCGAAACAAGUUUAUACAAUUUAUGAUGAAUUCUUAGCACAUCUACAUGAAUUAUCCCUCACCAGAAAGGAUGAAGAACUUAAAGGUAUGACUUUGUCAUUACCCAAUGCCACAGAUUCGAUUGUUGAUGAUGUAUGGUCGAUACUUUCGUUAUGUUUUGUCACUUGCGGAUUAACUAAGUUUGCUCCAGCAACUUACCUGUCACUUUCGACCGUUUAUAAAUUAUUGGAACAUCUUGAGGUAUGUCAAGUUUAUACUAUGGAUGAUUUAGACCCUAUCCGAGAAAGAUUGGAAGAAAUUAAAGACAUUAUUAGACAAUCUGAACAAGCAAAAGAAGAUGAAGAUGAAGAGAUUGAUGAUUCAAUGAAUAACCAUAAUAAAGAGGAAUCUUUACUUCUUAGAAAUAAAUGGAAUAAAUGUCAACAGUUACUUCUGAAUCUUGAAAAUUGUUUCAAUGAAAUCCCUAACGAUUUAGAACCAAUUUAUUCCCAAUUAGUAUUAAUGAGAAAGCAAUUACUUAACUUCCUUACAAAUGGCUCAUCAUCGAAAUCUAAUAGUGCAAUAAUCACCAAGAAUACAACUGUUUCACCGGGUCAACUUGAAUCAAAAUUAUUACAAUUAAAAGAUGAAUUAAAAGAGAUUAAACAAAUGAGAAAUCCCGAAGGUAAAUUUCCAAGUGAAGCUCCUCAACUGCAACAAUUAAAGGCGUCUAUUGUUUUGAAUGGAUUACUUGAUGAUUGUAAUAAUUUCAUUAAUGAUUUGUCCAUUCAACAGGAAACUCCUGAUAUUUCAAACUUAUUUAAAAAUUUGUCAAUAACUGAACUGGAUCAACAAGCAGAUCAGCAAGUGAUUACAAAUUAUAGUAAUUUGUAUACUCAAUUGAUUGACAUUAAAUUAAAAUUAGAAAAUCUUUUAGUAACUAGAAGAUGGACAAUGAGAGAAACUGAUUUAUUUAAUUAUUCAAAGGCUUUAAAAGAAAUUGAUGACGAGAGAUCAUCUAUGCAAGAAAGUACACAAUCAAAUGUUCAAUUGAAAAAAUUACAUAUGAUUAUCUUGUAUCUUUUGAGAAGAUGUUAUUCACUUAUUUAUAAACUUUUAGAAAGUUCAGAACCUGUAUCUGAAUCCUUACAACCAAUUCAUAAUCAACUUUCAACUGUUCAUCGUUGCCUUCUUGAAAUAAAAAGAAUUGAUGGAUUAAAUACUUUGAAAGAUAUCUAUCCAUAUCAAUUCAAACUCGCAUCGCUUGAUAAUAUGAGAGAUGACGGUAAAUUCAUUGUCAAUGGUGCAAUUCCAGAAGGUCAGGGAUUACUUAAUGCAUUACUUGCAGAAUGUUUCGAUAUUUUGCAUGAAUUAAAAAUCGAACUUGAAGAAAAGGAAGAAGCUGCAGGAAUAGAUGAAGAAGAUGAAGUUGCCAAUAUUACCGAUGAUGAAGACAUUCAACCUGAUGAUGAAGUUGAAUUGAAAAGAAAUAGAUACAUGGGAUUUCAUGAGGCUGAUUAUGACUUGGAUUCUGAUUCAUGUGUUUCUGAUCUUGAAAGUAUUUCAGAUUCUGAAUACGAAGGGAACGAUUAUUAUUAGGGGUGCUUGUAUUUAGUUAAAAUGAUUGUAUGAUGUUUUGAAA